AUGGAUAUUUUCCAGAAAAUCGAGAAGAUAGGCGAGGGAACUUACGGCGUGGUUUAUAAAGCUAAAAACAAACUGACAGGGCAGGCCGUGGCACUUAAAAAGAUCCGACUCGACGCGGAGACAGAGGGUGUGCCAAGCACUGCCAUUCGAGAGAUCUCACUGCUGAAAGAACUGAAUCACCCAAAUAUAGUGAAAUUGCUGGAUGUCGUUCACACUGAAAAGAAGCUGUACCUGGUGUUUGAGUAUCUGGACCAGGACCUGAAGAAGUACAUGGACUCGUCCCAGCCUGUGGGGAUGCCCCUGCCCCUGGUCAAGAGCUACCUGUUCCAGCUUCUGCAAGGCGUCUCGUUCUGUCACUCUCACAGGGUGAUUCACCGGGACCUGAAGCCUCAGAACCUGCUCAUUAACCUGGCUGGCGCCAUCAAGCUGGCGGACUUCGGGCUGGCCCGGGCCUUCGGGGUGCCCCUGCGCACCUACACCCACGAGGUGGUGACUCUGUGGUACCGCGCUCCUGAGAUCUUGCUGGGCUGUAAAUACUACUCCACUGCUGUCGACAUCUGGAGCAUCGGCUGCAUCUUCGCUGAGAUGGUGGGACUUACUGAGGGAGGGAGAGCUCCGAGGCGGGGGGCUCAUUCUGUUGCUCCAUGUUCUCAUGACUGCCUCACCUCCUCUCAGGUUACCAGGCGCCCGCUUUUCCCUGGAGACUCUGAGAUCGACCAGCUCUUCCGCAUCUUCCGCAUGAUGGGCACCCCCAGCGAGGCGGUCUGGCCCGGAGUGACACAGCUCCCAGAUUACAAAGCCCGCUUUCCAUGCUGGGGCCGGCAAGACAUCAACAAGAUGGCUCCACAACUCGACCCCAUAGGGCAGGACCUGCUGCUGCAACUCUUGCAGUAUGAUCCCAGCCGGCGCAUUUCCGCAAAGGCAGCUAUUAGUCAUGAAUAUUUCCAAGACGUGGCAACACAGACACCAAUCCUGCAUGGCUGAGUCUAACACUUCUUGUAGGGUUAAACACUGAGGCUCCCAUACUGGAAUCUUUUGC